AUGAUCUCCUCCUUCCCAUCGCAAGUCCCGGAAUACAAAGUCCUCCCGAAUGUUGUCGCAAGAAUACUCGAGCGUCUAACCGACAGAUGGCUGCAGACACGGCAAUUCAUCACGUCGGAGGAAGGGAUCGGGGUCUUGAAAUGUGGUCUGGCAUACCUCCUCGGCUCCCUGGCCACGUUCAUCCCAAUGAUUGCGGCAUUGCUAGGUCCUCAGGAAGGAAAGCAUAUCGUCGCCACCAUCACGGUCUAUUUCCACCCUGCGAGGUCAAAAGGGAGCAUGUAUAAAGCCCUGAUAUGCGCCGCCCUCGCAUUUCUCUACGCCGCAUUCAUCUCGCUCACCAGCAUGUACGUUACCAUAUACUUCCACCAGCGGCGCAUGAUCGAACUGGGCCAUGCCCUGGUUUUGAUCGUUUUUGUCGGCCUUGGGUUCGGGUUUCUUGCGUGGACAAAACAGAAGAUGAGCGACCCACUAGUCAAUGUGGCCUGCUCACUCGCAUCGCUUGCACUGAUUGUUGUUCUCACCAAAGAAGGGGCUAUUCAGCGGGGCAGUGUCUCACUCGCAAAAGUGUCGCAGGUCCUGAAGAUGCUCCUCAUGGGGAUUGGUGCGGUGAUGACCGUGUCGUUUCUGGUCUUCCCGGUCUCGGCGCAGAAGAAACUUCGUUCGAAUCUGGCUGUUGCCACCAGGUCAAUGGCGAUCAUGCAGUCAACAAUCACGGAGGGGUUCCUUCGAAGGACACAGGACGAUUUCCAGGGGUUCGACUAUACCGGCGCGUCUACGCGUCUGAAGAAGGCCCACGGGGAGCUAGACAAGCUGUUAUAUGAGACGAAGCUGGAGCAGUACGUAGCAGGCUGGGAGAGAGCACACUUUCAUGAGGAAAGGCUUGUUCAGUGGGCACAUGGCAUCGUGCAUACUACGGGCGCUUUACACAGCUCGGCACUUUUAGCUUUUGAGACGCUCAAGCGACCCAAGUUCGCCGACCAUCCUCUUGAUGGUCCAAAUGCGGAUGCCUCCAUGGCUACUCGGUACGAAGAACGAAGUGCGAUAUUUGCCGCUGAUGUUCCCAUACUUCAAGCGGUGGACCUGGGAAUGUUGGAAACGAAUGCGUCUGGCAACGGUCAACCCGUCUCAGGACAGUUGGACCGAGUUAGCGACGGGCUGGUCCCGGAGAGCUCACUAGUCACGGAGCUUUUUGAUUCCUUUGUUGACCGACUAGGUCCAUCUAUGCGGUCGUUAACUCUCACGUUAAUGAAUAUAUCCGCGGAAAUCUCUUUGGGACUAUCGUUGGACAACAGAGUCGCUAUGAGCCCCGGCUCCCCUGCCAUCCUAACCCAAGCCAUCGAAGAAUAUCGCGAGGCCCAGAAGGAAGCAUUCGGCCGGAUUUACCGAGAGAAAUGCGAUAUGUCGAUUGACAAAUUCGAAAAGGAAGCGUACUUCAAAGAGUUAGCCGCCAUCUGUGCGCAUUUCAGCUACUCGUUACUGAAGUACGGGGAACAGUUGGGAGAGUUGCUGACAAUUCUCACGGCCUUCCAAGUUGCAACCGCUGGGUACCACAGAAAGAAGUCAUGGAGUUGGAUAAAGUUCUGGCGGCGAGACCCUUCUAGGAGCCAGUAUCUGGACCGUUCGAAUGCUCGACUAGAUCCCCGACCUUCCCUGACUGAAGUAGCUCCAGGCUAUCACACGGAGCUGCCCGGAGCGUCCAGCUUUGAAAGACCUUCCCGACUACAACCAUUCAGAGAUACGAUCAGCCGUCAUAUCUGGAGAACAUUGAACUUUUUCCAAAAAGACGAAACCAUAUUCGCCUUCAAGGUUGGUGUUGGCGCGGCCCUCUUUGCCUUGCCUUCAUUUCUUUCUUUCACACGGCCUAUGUACCUUUACUGGAAGGGGGAAUGGGGCCUGGUCUCGUACAUGUUAGUUUGUUCGAUGACCAUCGGUGCGUCGAACACUACUGGGUAUGCUAGAUUCCUGGGGACGUGUAUCGGAGCACUCUGUUCUAUCCUCGUCUGGUCGAUCGCGGGCAGCAAUGCCUUUGGGCUGGCAUUUCUCGGGUUCGUCAUGGCCAUAUGUACCUUCUACAUCAGUCUGCUCAAAGGCCAGGGCCCGCUGGGUCGAUUUAUCAUGUUGACUUACAAUCUUUCCGUGCUCUAUUCUUUCUCGCUAUCCCAGAGUAGCGCUGACGAGGAUCCUGACGAGAGAAGCGGUAACAAUCCGGAUAUAACGAAAAUUACCCUUCACCGAGUUGCGGCGGUGCUCUUGGGCUGUAUUUGGGGGAUUAUUGUCACGCGGGGCGUUUGGCCGAUUCGUGCACGCAAGAAGCUCAAGAGUACGUUGAAGCUGGUUUGGCUCCGGCUAGGUCGCAUUUGGGAAUCAGAUCCUUUGGCGAGGCGCAUUACGAACCCGGGCGUUGCUGCUUUGUAUAUGACGCCGGAGGACCGACGCACAAUGCAGAGUCUGUUAUCGGAUCUCGAGACUCUUCGGGUUGCAGCCCGCUACGAAAUUGAACUGAACGCCCCCUUUCCCGACACCGCAUAUGGCAAGAUCAUUCAACACACGCAAUCCAUCGUCGAUGAUCUCCAUGCUCUAGAUCUGCAGCUGCAAGGUAUUCCUCCUUCAGAGCAGCAACUGUCGUUGCUACGAUACACGUCUCGAGAGAGACAAAAUUUGGCUGGGCAGAUAAGCCACCUCUUAGGAGCCAUCGCUUCAUCAAUCGCAUAUGCAUGUCCGCCGAACCAUGUCGACCUUUCCAAAGCGAAGCAUUCACGGGACCGGUUCCUGGCCACUAUUUUCAUGUAUCGCAGUGGGGAUGAAACCUCUUCCUCGGCGCUGGAGGAGACUUACAGCCUCUUGUAUGGCUAUGUCCUUGUAAUUGAUCAGAUCAUUGGCAAGAUGGCGGAGAUUCUGGUCAAUGUCCGCCGCUUGUCCACUGGCGUAGAGCAAGAUGUAGUGAAUUAG